AUGGUGUUUGAAGGCAAUGGUUUUGUGCAACCAACAAUCCCUCGCUUCGAUGGUCAUUAUGACCAUUGGAGCAUGUUGAUGGAAAAAUUCUUGAGGUCCAAGGAAUACUGGGAUCUUAUAGAGAAUGGGAUGAGUGAACCAGCAGAAGGAGAAACACUAAUUGAUGCACAAGUCAAGAGUUCUUUGUUAGUUCAUGAACAAAAGCACAACCGUGCCAAUGAGGUGGAGGAGCAAACAACUCUCAAAACCUAUACCCAUGCUGAAUCCUCAAGCAAUAGAGGAAGAGAUAGAGAAAGAGGUGGAAGAGGUCGUGGAAAUAGAGAUGGUAGCAAUCCAUCUCAUUCCUCCAAGAGAGAUAAUGACUCUCUAGGAAAAGGAAGGGGGCAGUAUGACACGUCUAAGAUUGAAUGA